AUGGCUUACAUCGGAAAUGUACCGAACUUUGACUAUAAAAAUAGUGAGUGGUCGAUUUUUAAAGGAAAAUUGACGCAAUUUUUCAAAGUCAAUAACAUCAGUGGAGAUAAUAAAAGUGCAAUACUUAUAGCAAACUUCUCGGAUGAAACCUAUCGACUCGUACGUAACCUUGCGUACCCACGCGAGAUAGCUACGCUAAGUUACGGAGAACUGGUCGAAUUACUCGAUAAGCACUUUGAGCCAAAGCACAGUUCUUUCGUAGACAAAGCAAGAUUCUACGGAGCGACAAGAAACCCAGGCGAGCCAUUAGGAGAAUGGGCGGCGCGACUACGAGGCCUUGCAAGUUAUUGCAACUUUGGUACCGCCUUAGAAACGGUUCUGUUGGAUCGUUUCGUCCUAGGCUUGGGGACGGGCCCCGAGCGGGAUAGACUAUUCGAGCAAGAUAUUUCAAGUCUAUCUUUUGCAAAGGCUUUAGAAAUAGCUGAACAGGCAGCUUAUACGAGAGAGGCCAAGGCUCUAGUAAGCAGCGAAACAGGUAUUAACAUCAAGGAGGAGCAGGUAUAUUACUCAGCUGGCGAAUCUAGUCGUCGGAGCGGCGGGAACCGUUGGAGAAGCAGUGGGGGCAUGCAUGUAGGUGCUGCCGAUGACAGUGGAAGCAGUGGCAGUGGCAGAGCGAGUGUAUCUCGUAACGGGUGUAAAGAAGAGGUUACAAACCGUUGCGGUGUAUGUGGUUUAAAAACACAUAGUGCAGAAAAGUGCCGUUAUAGGACCUAUCGGUGUCAAAAGUGUGGUAUUAAAGGUCAUUUAAAAAAAAUGUGUAAAGUUCGCGUAAACAACAUCAAUACCGUUACGGAGGAAACUGAAUCAGAUGGAGACUGUGGGGACUGCAUGGAGUGCCGUUUGCAUAAUAUGAGGUAUGAGAUUUUGGCUCCUAUUACUGUGGUGGUGAAUAUUAGCAAUAAAAACUUCCGUAUGGAAGUGGACUCGGGAUCGGCCAUUUCAGUUAUGUCCGAACAAUUUUUUUUGCAUUACUUUCCUACCGUAACAUUGAAUUAUAAAUGUAAUAUCAGAAUAUGUGUUUAUAACGGCCAUAAAAUUACGCCUUUAGGUUAUUUCUGUACAAAGGUAAAAUAUAACGGUUUCAUGAAGCAAAUAAAUUUCUUUGUUAUAAAAAAUGGUGGGCCACCACUUUUAGGGCGUGAUUUUAUGUCUCAAUUUAAAAUUAAGUUGACAUCAGUUAAUAAUAAUAACAUUUUAGUGGACAGCUAUGAAAGUGAAGUUCAAAAUUUAUUAAAUACGUACGCGGACUUGUGGAGUAAAGAACUUGGGGCAUUUAAUAAAUUUAAAAUCACCUUGCACCUUAAAGAUAACGCGGUACCAAAAUUUUUUAAGCCACGAACUGUGCCUUUUGCUCUGAAAGACAAAGUAAAUGAAGAAAUUGACCGAUUAACACGUGCGGGCAUUCUGAUUCCGGUAAAUUACUCUAAAUAUGAGACCCCUAUCGUACCUGUAUUAAAAGAAAACGGUAAAAUAAAGAUCGCAGGUGAUUACUCAUUAACAUUAAACAAAGACCUACUAAUCGAUAAAUAUCCUAUGCCGCGCAUAGAGGAAGUCUUCGCGAAAAUAGGGGGUGGCGAGAGAUAUACGAAAAUUGAUUUGAGCAACGCUUACAAUCAGUUUAUAUUAUGCGAGGAGUCACAGGAACUUACCACCAUUAAUACAACCCGUGGCUUAUACAAAUACACCCGGCUUGUAUAUGGUUUGGCUAAUGCGCCCGCUAUUUUUCAAAGGACAUUGGAAACCCUGUUAGCAGGUAUUGAAGGUGUUAGUUGUUGGCUAGAUGACGUUUGUAUCACGGCCCCUAACAAGCAAUUACAUUUGAGCAGGUUACGUGAAGUCUUAGGUAGGCUUAAAGAUGCAGGUUUAAAAUUACAAAAAGAAAAGUGUCAUUUUUUUAAACGCAGUGUUACGUACUUAGGUUACGUCAUAAACAGACAGGGCCUUAAGACGUGUCCAAAGAAGAUUGAGUCAAUUCUAAGCAUUCCACGACCACAAAAUAUUUUAGAAGUAAAACGGUUUCUAGGCAUUAUAAAUUACUAUCGUAAGUUCAUACCUAGGGCAUCAGCCAUAUUACAUCCAUUCCAUGAACUACUCCGUAAUGAUGCAGCGUGGACUUGGAGUGAGCGUCAUGAGAAGGCGUUUAUACAAGUUAAGCGUGAACUAUCAUCAGACCGAGUGUUGACGCAUUUCGACCCGAGUGCGCGACUUGUGCUCAGUGUGGACGCGAGUCCGGCCGGUCUUGGUGCGGUGCUGGCGCAGGGCCCAGAAGGUAACGAGCGCCCACUUGCUUUCGCUUCCAGGUCUCUUACAGCCAGUGAGAGUAAUUAUAGCCAAAUACAUAAAGAGGCUACGGCUAUAAUAUUUGGCGUUAAAUAUUUCCACCAAUAUUUAUUUGGUCGAAAAGAACCUUUUGUGCUGAAAACAGAUCAUCGGCCCUUAUUAGCCAUAUUUGGUAAGAAAAAUGGAGUCUCGGUAAUGGCAGCAUCGCGCCUCCAAAGGUACGCACUAUUUUUGUCAGCAUAUAAUUAUGUGAUUCAAUACGUCUCUAGCGAUAAAAAUGUGGUAGCGGACUAUUUUUCUCGGACACCUAAUGAUAAAUGCUUAAGGGAAUCAGAUGACCACGAAAAUACGUCUUAUUUAAAGUUUUUGGAUGAUACUGUUCGAGACGGCCAAAAUGACUGUUCACAACGGCAAAAAUGA